AUGACAUCUAAAAUGGAAUCCAUAGAACAGACUUCAUCAAAUCCAAAACGAAAACUUGGUAAUGUUGAUGAUGGUGAACAUUUUUAUUCAUUUGAUAUUGAACAUGAACAAUCAACAAAAUCAUUUCGUUGUCAUUCACCAACAUUAACAGUAAAUUCAAAUUCAAAUUCUAAUACUAAUAAUAAUACAUUAACAAAUUAUCAACAAACAACAAAAAUAAUUCAAGAAUUUAAUAUACAACAAUUAACAACAAGUGAUAUAACAGUUAGUUCAACAAUAAAUAUAAAAUCAACACCAAAACAACAAAUGAAAAUAUCAAAUAAUGAUUUAUUGAGUGAAGCUGAUUUUCAACGUGUUGUACAAGAUAUAACACCAGCUGAUCGUGAUCUAUUUGAUGAAUUUCUUAAUACUAUAAAACAAAAAACUGAUGAUUAUUUAUUUUUAUCAUCAUUCGAUGAUUUACCAUCAUCAUCAUCAGCGUCAUCAUCACAAGAACAAGAUAAUAUUUCAAAACGACAUUCAUCAUUAUCAUUACCAACACAAACAUCUUCAACAAUAUCAACAGAUCGACGUAGAAAUUCAAUAACACGCGGUUCAAGUACUAUACAUUAUAGUCCACAUUCAAUGCCUGUUACAAAUCGACCAACACCACCAGUUGCUGCGGCACAAACAUUAAAACAAAUGGCUGUUCAACAUCAGCAAAGAAUUAUGUAUAAUCAACAACAACAACAACAACAGCAACAACAGUUAACAUCAUCAUAUCCAAAUUAUCCAUAUAAUAAUAAUAAUAAUAAUAAUAAUUCAACAAGACAAUAUUAUCAACAAACACAAAUUUCAUCAGACAAUGAUACAAAUAUAAAUUCUACUUCAUACUAUCAACCAAUGUGUUAUUCACCUGUACAACAGAUAGCCAUGUCUGGUUAUAAUCAUCAUUCCCAACAACAUUCAAAUAUCUAUGGUAUUCAAAAUUAUUCUUAUCAAACUUCAUCAUCAUUCUAUCAACAACCACCUCCACAACCACAACAGCAACCACAACAAAUAUCUACAUCUUCCUAUUCGGUCGCUAAUUAUUCACCGUCAAACGGACUUCUAUCAACUGCCACAACUCUGCCAUCGUCUACUUUCUAUUCUCAAGAAGAUAAUCUUCCUAUUAUUGACCUGUAA